AUGAAUGAAAUAACAACCCCAGAAGCGUAUUAUUGCGAACAAACAACAACUUCCCGAAUUAGAGAGAUCUUAACUCAGAUUGAAAAAUCAUUAAAAGGAAAUCAAGAUCGUGAUAUCGUCAAGAUCUCUCUUCCUGUCAAUGAACUUAAUAAAGUUGGUGUGCGUAACGCAAUAAACGCAAAAUACGAUGCUGAAAUUAUUGACAGUAACUUAUUUAUUAAAUUUGAUGGUGGAGUCAAGGAAAGAAUCCAUCGUCGAAUAUCAAAUUCGUGUGAAGCGCAAAGACCAGAAUGGUUCACAGAAAUUAACAUGAUAUGUAUGGUUGGAAACAGUCAGCUUCGGCCUGAUGUAGGCAUAUGGUUCCGAACUCCAACACAUGCACAAAUGAUUGAACCUGUUGCAGAUUUUUGUCCACCACCAGAUAUUUGGAUUGAGGUAUUCUUUAAUCGAGACCCAGAUCGUAGCAAUGCUAUAGACAAAAUCGAUUUUAUUCAGAGAACUUGGAUAGGCAUCGAAUUUGUUGGAAUCUGUAUUCCCCAUUCACGAAAUCCUAUUUCUCCGAAUCCACAUCCAGGAUCAACUAUCACUUCUGCAACCAGUCAAACUAUCAGACCUUACAGAGCCCCAUAUGUCAUUUAUUGGGACCUAAAUGGCAACUUGAUCUACUAUAUAAUGGACUGGAAUCAUAAUCUUACACUUCGGUGCGGUUUGACAAUUGAUUUCAAUAUCGUACUUGCUAUACUUUCUGCAUCUUAUUAG